ACCGACAUUAGCGCCAUUCGCCGCCAACCGUUACAACUUGCCUUGAAUUGUUGUACAUUGUGCAUUGUAUAUUAUAUUGGAUAAAGCCGGUCAAGCACGUGGUCGUUUUUGAAUUGUUAGCAAAGUGACGUGAUUGAAAUAAAUACGACUUAGAAAGCAUCAUGAAUUCCGUGAUACAUCCUAAUUUAAACGCAGAUGUUUAUAGGAAUAUGACUGCGGCGGACAGGCCAAUCGUUCAUGACAAGAAUUUACAGUUUAUUUUGAUUCAUAAUGAAAAGAAUGCUGUUCUUGGAGGUAGUAAUAUGUCAGAUCGCUAUUGGACUGGUAGUUUGUGGUAUUACAAUGAUAUUUCAGACUUUGAUAGAACGAAAGCUUUCUUAGCCAGCAAAACAGAAAGUGGCGUGUGCGACGGUGCUUAUCUAGAACAGGACAAAUUUGUAGUUAGCGAAGAUAGUGGAGUCUUGCAGGUGUUAGGUUUAGUUGAAACAACUGAUAUACAUUCACAAGAAUUACAGUCUUUAGGAUAUGCUUGUCUACACGACAAUAGCCUUUUAACUCUUUCUGUAUUCCAAGACAAUACACAUUUAGUUACCGGUGGCAUGGAUUAUUGCAUAAAAGUGUGGGACACAGCAGAAUUAUUGGCAACACAUUCAUUUAGUUUUGCACAUACGGAUAUAGUUACUUCUGUAGAUGUUCAACCAAAGAGCAGUUCAACAUUUGUGUCAACAUCAUUGGAUUGCGAAGCACUAAUAUGGGAUAUAAGACAAUCAGAGCCAGCUCAAAGUAUUUUGAAAAAGGACUUCAGCUUAACAGCUGCAAGUUGGAAUUAUAGUCUAGAUCAUCUUAUAGCAAUAGGUACUGAUAAUGGAGAUGUUAUAUUAGUUGAUAUCAGAAAAACAAGUGAUUCAGUAUUACAAGAGUCAAAAAUAUUUUCUAAAUCAGUUCAUAAAGUCUUAUUUAAUCCAAAUCCUGAGAGAUCGGAAGAAUUAGCAUGCUGCUGUGAUGACAUUUUAGUGCAAGUACUUGAUAUAAAUAGAAAUUUGUCAUCGAUAUACGAAAAUGAAAGACAUACUGAUUUUGUACGUGGGCUAGCUUGGUAUAAAGAUGAAUUAUUUUCUUGCUCUUGGGAUAAUACUGUGAAUAAACAUACAAUACAUUCUUGUAACGACCAGUGAUUGAUAUUAGAACAUUUUAAUUGUACACUAUCAUUACUUUUUGUGUUCACAUGUAAGAAAAUAGAUUUUUAUAUAUUAUUAUGUGAGACCAGCUAGGAUACGUGCAUGGUGGAAUUCUACUUCACGUGAAAUAAAAAACUUUUCUACAAAUAUAAGUGUCUCACCUCAUAAAGAAAAAGUAGGAAAUAAUAAUUGAGUUA